AUGCGCGAUUUCUAUCUAGAGCAGAUCACGUGGGACAUAGAAUAUAAUCCGGACAGUAAUAUCACUCUCUACAUUCUCCAUAAGGGUGCUGCAUUCCGCAUCUGCUAUGUCGCAGAGGCCCUCAAGGCCUCGCCUCUUGCUUUGGAGCAGCACCGCGAGUGUUCCCGCAUACUGCACCAGGGCGAUGGCGACCCAGAUGCAAUUCGUCCAGUGGCAGAGCGUCUCACAAAGCCUUUCGAGGAACUCAUGAACCGGCUGCUUCCAAGCCCAGCGACAGAGUUUCAGUUGACCGAGUCGCUGCAUGGUUAUCUGUACCCGCCGUCAUUCGAACUCGAAGCGAGAGCAGCUGAAAGCAGUGAAGGUGUUGUUCAGGCACACUUUCUGGGGGCCGUCUCGCGACAGAAGGGCGGUGCUUGCGGACUUGUUGUCGGUUUCCUCCAACCUCAUCUGUCCUCGCUACUUGCCUUGAACGUGAAGACAUACUCAUCCGGUCAGGUCCAGGUUCUGGCCUAUCACGUCACACCGCGCGCGCGUCGAGCUCCAUCCAAAGUCUUGGUCGGCAAUACUGUGUUCUUCUUCAAACUUUUCAUGCGACCACAUGAUCAUGGACGUCACGAACUGCAGUCAUUCGUCAAGAUACUGGCGGAUGCUGAGGCAAGCCGCCCCCUGCUUUCCGAGGCGCGCAUCUGCCGCCUACAUGGCUUGCUUAUCGACGAAGAUGAUGACGUACUUCAACACUACGAUAUCGACGACAGCGAAGAAUACCGCCCAGGCGUGCAACGACUCGUUGGGCUGCUCUUUACAUAUAUCGACAAUAAAGGCACUCUGAGGCAUAUAGCACCGUGGUCUGACUGCUCCAACGAGGAUCGGUCUUGCUGGUCCAGGCAAAUACACAACACUGUCACAAGUCUGCACGCCGCCGGUGUGGUGUGGGGAGAUGCCAAGCCAGAGAAUGUGUUGAUUGACCAGGAAGACAAUGCCUGCCUGAUUGAUUUUGGUGGUAGUUACACGCCCGGUUGGGUCGACAGGGAAAAACAGGAAACAGCAGAAGGAGACUGGCAAGGUGUCAAGAGAAUAGAUGAGUGGCUUGCGAGGUGGUCCCACCAGCCUAUUACCAGCCGAUUGAUGAGCAGGUAA